GUUGUGAAAUUCGCAAUUGCGUAGUGCUGAAUAUUAUAAACAACGUUUUGGGUUUGCUAAAAUUGUUAAAGUUUUCAUUCAAUUAGUAAACGAAAGUGUAAAAUACUUAUAAAUGGCCGACGAAACAGAACAGCUCAGUCAGGUGAUUUUGCCGGUUAAGGAGCCCCUGGAUCUCAUCCGAUUAAGUUUGGAUGAAAAGGUGUACGUCAAGAUGCGCAACGAAAGAGAACUUCGAGGACGUCUCCAUGCCUUUGAUCAGCAUUUGAACAUGGUGCUGGGCGACGCAGAGGAGACUGUCACCACCGUGGAAAUCGACGAGGAAACCUACGAGGAGGUGUACAAAACCGCCAAACGCACCAUUCCUAUGCUCUUUGUAAGAGGCGAUGGAGUUAUCUUAGUUUCACCACCCAUGCGAGUGGGCUAGGUAGUUUCCUAGGUCAGUUUUAAGUCCAAUCACAUUCAUUUAUUCAAGCUGUAUGUAUAGAGGUUAAUAAAUGUCUUUAAACCACAA